AAAAUCUAGUGCUAAUCUAUGUUUGUCAUUUGCGAUAAGGGAAUUGUAUUUAAAGCUCAGUUCGCCAAAUGUCUAAAGCAAAGUAGCACGAUGAAGGUUCAACUGUUUGUUUUGGUCAUCGUUUGUGUUGCCUGCGUCUUCGCAAAUGGCGAGUUUGUUUGCCAGGAGGGGGUGCCGUACAAGGAAAAUAACUGUAACUCCUGCAGUUGUUUCGGCGGACACCUCGCUUGCACCCUGAUGGCAUGCCCGCACGGGAAUGGAGAGAACCCAGAGAAAUGUGAGGUCGGUACGAAGACUAAGGUUGGCUGUAACGAUUGCGAGUGUGUGAAGCGUAUGGGUACUAUUUGUACUAACCACGAAUGCCCAAUCGAGUAAUAUAAAAUCCAUUACAUAGCAUAUCUUAUUUAUUUUUAAAUAUCAUUGUAAUCAUUUAUACUCCUAUGUCUUAAGAUAGGCCACUUGUUGCCAUAACAAGCAGGCAUUUAUUUAAUAAAUAAAGUUUCUCUCUUU